UAUGAUUGGCAUUGUAGUCGAUUUAAAAUCUUGUGAUUUUAUUGUUGAAAGCAUUGAAGUACCUGUUGAAGAAUCAGUUGCUAAAUCAGCAGAGUUUGCAUCUAAAAUGAUGGAAGAUGGAUCAGCAGCAGCUCACGAGCAUGGUAUUGUUCACAAGGCAACUCGUGCAAUUAAGGAAAUAUUGCUGAUAUCUGCAAUUGCGAGGACACAACUUAUGGGCAUUGUGAAACCAUUACCGAUGGCUGAGGCUGGUGUUGAUUUGGUAGCACAUAGCGAAAUGAUGGAUGGUCCUAUUGUCCACAUAUGUGCUGCUUUAGAUAAGAAUUGUUUCGAGAAAAUGCCGAUUAUUAAGCAUGUGUUCGUCGUUAUCCCAGUAGGGAACUUAAAAGCCAGCUAA